CUACCACGGUUCGCCCCUUCUUUUCGCCUGGAGGACGGCUCAAUGCUCUCCCAAGAUUCGACAAUGAGACCAGGUCACAUUAAUCCAUGUGGGGUUCUUGUUCAGUUUGCACCUGCCCCCGAGUGCGCACGGUGACUGGCAGCUUCAGCUUCCCCCUGACUCUGGGUUUUCUUACUGUCCAUUUGACGCCAUUUGAUUGAGCCAAAAACUUCCCACAGCUUGGCCGAAAACGGACCGAAACUACCCUUGGCCGUCACCAGUUCUGAUGACUCCAAAUCUGUUCGAUCCGGCGGGGAAGUUUCAGAGGUGUACUUUUAACUUACUGUUCACUGUUGCUGACUCAUUCUAAGAAUCUACAGAAAUCCUGCCACUCAUGCAUGCCUGCCAGUCUAUCCACUGGUAAGAAUGAAGACAGUGCGUGUCCAUACAGGAACAGGGCGCCAUGGAGAGAACCGCUGCUGUGAACAGAAACACACUCCAAUCAACAGAAGCCACUCAGCGAUACAGCAGCAGGCAACCUUCCUGGUGACUUCCCAUCCAUUACUGGACCAGCCACAAAUUCACUCCUGGUUAUAGUCUCUGGUCCUGGAGCAAGGAGGUGAGAGAACAUAUGCAGUGACUCGGCAGAGAAGGGAACAGAAGAACUGUGGGUGUGCUAAAGCAGAGAGAGAGAGCCUGGCAACAUCUUCAUGGGCAACCUCACAGAGCAGGGCAGCAGCAAUGGUGUGGGGCAAGGGCUGGCAGUGCGGGCAGUGACUGGCUGCUUGCUUUUCCUCCUCAUUCUCUCCACCCUGCUGGGGAACACCCUGGUGUGCCUGGCAGUGAUGAAGUUCCGGCACCUGCGCUCCAAAGUCACCAAUUUCUUUGUCAUCUCGCUGGCGGUGUCUGACCUGUUUGUGGCAGUGCUGGUGAUGCCCUGGAAAGCCUUGAGCGAGGUGGCUGGCCACUGGCUCUUCGGCUCCUUCUGCAACACCUGGAUAGCCUUUGACAUCAUGUGCUCGACCGCCUCCAUCCUUAAUCUGUGCAUCAUCAGCCUGGACAGGUACUGGGCCAUAGCCAGCCCAUUCCGAUAUGAGCGCAAGAUGACCCAGAGGGUGGCUUCGGUGAUGAUUGGGGUGGCAUGGACACUAUCCAUCCUCAUCUCCUUCAUCCCAGUGCAGCUGAACUGGCACAGGGCAGGAGCAGAACUGCUGCAGGACAGGGCCAACAGCAUGGCCGGCUGUAACUCCAGCCUCAACAGGACCUACGCCAUCUCAUCCUCCCUGAUCAGCUUCUACAUCCCGGUGGUCAUCAUGGUGGGCACUUAUACCCGUAUCUACCGCAUCGCCCAGACCCAGAUUCGCAGGAUCUCGUCCCUGGAGAGGGCAGUGGAACAUGCCCAGAGCUGCCAAGAGCAGACAGCAGACUGCACGCACGAAGCUGCCCUGAAAAGUUCCUUCAAGAAGGAGACCAAGGUGCUGAAGACCCUAUCUAUCAUCAUGGGGGUCUUCGUCUUCUGCUGGCUGCCUUUCUUCGUGCUGAACUGCAUAGUCCCCUUCUGUGCCCCAGCCCUGGCUCAAGCAGGGCAGGGUUCCUGUGUCAGCGACACCACCUUCAAUAUCUUUGUCUGGUUCGGCUGGGCCAACUCGUCUCUGAACCCGGUCAUCUACGCCUUCAACGCAGACUUCAGGAAGGCCUUCACCAGCAUCCUGGGCUGCGCUCGCCUCUGCCCCAGCAACGCGGUGGAGCCGGUCAACUUCAGCAACGAGCUGGUCUCUUACCACCACGAUGACACCACGCUGCAGAAAGAGCCCCGUGCCGGCUCAGCGGGGGCUAACCCGGGCAUCCUUCCCAACCAGCUGCCGCCCUCCCUCAGCGAGCCCUUCGACAAAGUCUCCAGCAUCUCCUCGGUCCCCAGCGCCAGCAGCAGCUGCAGGGGCCCCAGGGAGCAGAACCUGCUGCUGCCGGGGGGGCUGCCUUAUGACGGCGAGGCCGAGAUCAGCCUGGACACUAUCACAGCGGUUUACCGCUGA